UAGCGUAUGUGGAUAUUGGCAAAAAGGCAGUGGCACGUUGUGUUAGUGUUGUGUCAAAAGUGAGGUUAAAUUUGUUGGGGUUUUUUAAUAGUAUCUGUUAACUAAUAGAGGUAUGCGAAAAUGAAAAACCUAAAGCUUUUGGUAAACAUUAGACACUCUCUAAGCGAUAUAGAGGGUAGUCAGUUGUUUACAGUCGCAUCAUCUGAUGAUUACAGUAAUAACAUUUUCAAAAGAAGUGGUUAUGUUUUUGUGUAUAAUGAAGGUGAAAUUUUUGCUAUCACCCCUGUGGAAGGAACUUGUAUUCAUAUUGCUUCUAUAAAAGAUCAGUACAAAGAAAAAACUGCUGCUGCUUCUAUGUUUUACAAUGGUGUCCUUAAUUCAUUAAACAUAGCUCUAGAAAUGGGUGAUAUAUUAACUAUCCCUCUUCAAGAUGAUCUAUCAUUAAUGCAGGAAAGAAUACAAUGUGUAGUAAUGAUUGGCCCUGGGAUUCAGGUUGCUGCCAUAAGUCCUGACACAGAAUCCAUUGUUUUCCUGGCUGGCAAUAACUCUUUAAUUGUGAUGACUGGAAAUUUUGAUCAUGUCAACCACACAGAUCUCUUAAUUUCUGAUAAAGGAGAACAAGAAAUGGUAAAUGUUGGUUGGGGUAAAAAGGAAACACAGUUUCAUGGAUCAGAGGGAAAGGCAGCAGCAAAGAAGAAACUGACCAAUGGAGGAAUAGCAAAUGACUCAAUUUUAACAGAUCAGAAUCAAAAGCCAAAUAUUUCUUGGCGUGGUGAUAGUACUCUGUUUGCUGUUAGUUAUUUGUGCAAACUGAAAAACUAUUUUAAAGUAAAAAUAUUUGAUAAAACUGGGCGUUUACAGUGCACUAGCGAAUUUCUUCCAGGUCUUGAAAGUGUGCUCUCAUGGAGACCCACUGGUCUUAUAGCACUUUCUCAAAGACUGCCAAACAAGCAUGUAAUUUGUUUCAUGGAAAAGAAUGGGCUGAAACAUGGAGAUUUCACACUCCCAUCAAAUUUGAAGGUGUUAGAACUGUCCUGGAACUGCGAGUCGACGAUAUUGAGCGCUGUGUGUGUGGACGAGUCGGCAAAUCAACCAUGUGUUCUGAUUUGGACUACUGCCAACUACCACUGGUACCUGAAACAAAAAUUGAACUUGUGUUCCCCUGUGGUGGCACUGCACUGGGACGAGACAAUCGGUAACCUCGUCCAUAUCUUGCUGGUAGACGGUACCUACCUUGCCCACCAGUGGGUGUGGACUGUGGACCACAGUGCUGGCAUAUCACCGGACGAUCUGGGUGUCGUGGCCGUCAUUGAUGGCUGUGACCUGAAGUUAUCCGCAUUCAAGAGAUCCGUCAUCCCUCCUCCAAUGUGUGAAGCCACAGUCACCCUCCCCUCCCCUGCCCUGCAAGUAAUGUUCUCCCCUCAUGUAGACAACAGCUCUUCUGAGUCAAGUCCGAACGACCUCUGUGUGUACUUGAGCGACGGAAAUCUGUCAUUUGUGAAGGGAAUGGAGACAGACCCACAACUUUGCAGUACAGUUCCAGUAAAUUUGAAGUGUGAGGAACUGAAAUCUGCCUUAUUGCCGAGUCCUGCCUGCCUGUCUCACUGGCUCUGGUUGUCCCAGGAUCAACUGUUGUGUGUAUUCCACAGCGGUUCUUCUCAUCUAUGCCAUAUCCUGGUUGAUGAUGAGUGUGCCACUGUUGGAUGGACAAUGCCUCUAGAUGAACCAGUGUUGACACUAACACAGAAGACAGGAUCAUCAGGUGCUCUGAUUCAGCUGAGUUCUGGGACAGUCCUGGAUUUCCAAGACUCACUCAGUCCUUCCUUCACACUACCAGAGCCAUGUGUUUCAGUGCGCAGUAUGGGUCAGCACAUAAUCACGCGUGCUCACAACAAUCGACUCUAUGUUGACAGAGAACUGAUAGCAGAUAAUAUCACUUCCUUCUACUGCCUCCCUCACUUCUUGGUGAUGACCUCAAGCAGUCACGAGUUGUAUGUUACGAGUGCUGAAUUGGGUUUUAAGGUGGAGAAGGAGAGCGGAACUAACACGGCACGCCGGUUGGAGCGGGGGGCAACCGUGGUUGUAGCGAUGGACCAUUCAGUUGUUCUGCAACUACCCCGAGGCAAUCUGGAGACGGUGGAGCCGCGGGCACUUACUCUGGUCACAGCUGGUAAACUGCUGGACAUGGGAGAGUUUAAGGCAGUCGCACAGUUAUUGCGGAGACAGAGGAUCAAUCUGAACCUGUGCGUUGAUCACAACCCAUCGGCAUUUCUGUUGUCAGUACACAGAUUUGUGGCGCAAGUGCACGACCCACAGUGGCUCAGCGUGUUCCUGGCGGAGUUGACAGAGGAGGAUGUUACUCGCACCAUCUACUCAGGCUUUUACAAACAAAUGGUGCCUCGCGGUCCCCCACUGGCUGACAAGGUAGUGAGAGUGUGUACUGCACUGCGUGAAGCAAUGACUCAGUCCAACGAAAACCAGGACUUUUAUCUGCAGCCGAUCCUGAGUACGUACGUGCGCGCUGGACAUGUAGGUGAAGCUAUCUCCCUAGCCGACAGUGACCAGGCGCUGAGCUACCUCGCUCUGCUGAUUGACACAGAUAAACUCUAUGAGGAGGCCCUCGGCGUGUACAAUCUGCAGAAGGCGCUAAAGAUUGCUGGAAAGUCUCUCAAAGAUCCCAAGGAGUAUGUGCCGUACUUGACCAAAUUGCAGCAAAUGGAUCCUGCGUACAUGAGAUUCACGAUUGACAAGCGGUUGCGGAAGCCACAGUCCGCGCUGCGUAACCUCGUGCAGUGCAAGGAUCGGACAGAAGAAUGCUACAAUUUGUGGAAAAGCUCAGGACUCUACACUCUAGCUCUGGAGUUAUUCAAGGAUCAACCUGAAGAGUACAAGCAGAUCUGUUUGCUCUACGGAGAUCAUCUGUUGAACAAGCAACUCUACGAGGAGGCUGGCUUGAUGUAUCAGAGAGGAGGGGAUGUCGACAAGGCAAUCACAGCUCUCACCCGGGCAGGCAGUCUGCUCCAGUGUCUCACUCUUGCAGCUAAACAAAACUUCAGCGAGGAAGCCUUGGUAGAAUUUCACCUGGCGUUGUUGUCAGCACUGCUGAACCAGGAGAAGCAUUCUGAAGCUGCUGAGUUACACAGCCUGAUGGGAAAACAUGAGGAGGCAGUCUCGUGUUUGGUGGAGGGCCGACUGUGGUCUCGGGCUAUCUUCCUGUGUCAUCAACACAAAACAACCGCAGCUUGUCGAAUCGUUGGUAAAGCCAGUUCUUCUUGAAUCCCAGAGUCGCUCAGUCAUGGAUAUUCGUGCAAAGGUGGCAGAUAUGGAAAAGCACUCGACCAGACUGCUUAUUGUGCGGGGG